AUGCCCUCAUCGGCUGUCCCUGUGGGCAGCUUGGCGGUGGAGGAGGUGGAAGAGAUCUUGCGGGUAGUGGAGGAGGUGGAAGAGAUCUUGCGGGUAGUGGAGGAGGUGGAAGAGAUCUUGCGGGUAGUGGAGGAGGUGGAAGAGAUGUUGCGGAUAGUGGAGGAGGUGGAAGAGAUCUUGCGGGUAGUGGAGGAGGUGGAAGAGAUCUUGCGGGUAGUGGAGGAGGUGGAAGAGAUCUUGCGGUUAGUGGAGGAGGUGGAAGAGAUCUUGCGGGUAGUGGAGGAGGUGGAAGAGAUGUUGCGGAUAGUGGAGGAGGUGGAAGAGAUCUUGCGGGUAGUGGAGGAGGUUGGAAGAGAUAGUGCGAGAAGUGGAGGAGGUGGAAGCGAUAGUGCGAGAAGUGGAGGAAGUGGAGGAGGUGGAAGAGACGGUGCGUUAACUAGAGGAAGUGGAUGA